AUGGACGCCAUGGCGAUCGACGUGCCUGCGAACGCGAGUGUCGUACGCGUGAGGCUCGUCCUCACCGUGGCUCGCACGGGCGUCAGUGCGGGUAGUCGGCCGUCCGCGAGCUCUGAUUGCGACGAGUGCGUCUAUUGCCUCGACAAGCCGCGGCUCGGUGGACCCGGCAUCAAGCGUCAAAAGUGUGUGCUCAAGGGGAGACCGAAGGCGCAAGUGCGGCUCCAGGUCUACUCGGCAGCCGCGCGCAUGCGCUCGCACGACGCCGACUCAGACGCAGUGCUCGCGCUGCCGGCCAAGCGGCGUCGUUUUGCGAAGCGCUCGUUCGAUUGCGAGUUCGCGGCGACCGUUGCGAUCGGGCUCAGGCAGCGCAGGUGCGUCAGCCCGCUGCAGAAACUGAUCGACAUGGGGUUUCCCGAGGGCGACGCCCGCCGGGCGCUCGCCGAUUGCAGCGGCGUCGUGGGCGAUGCGGCCGAGCGGCUGAUUCGAUCAUCAGCAGCAGUGGCCGGCGCGAGCAGUAGCGGCGGUGUGGGCGGCGGCGAGGCGCCGCCGGCCGAGGCGGAGGGCGAGGAGCUGGCGGAGGGCGAGGACGAGGACGAGGACGAGGAGGGGCACUUCACGCUGCUGGCGUCGUCGCGACGGAUGCCGCCAGUCUACGGCGCCGAGGUCGUCGGGCGGCGCGCGCGCGUGUGGGUGGAGUGGGUCAACGGCAAGAAGAUGGAGACCUACGGCGGCGUCGUCGAGUCGUACGAUGCGAGCACGGGCGAGCACACCAUCCUCUACGAGGACAACGACCGCGCGCCAACCGUGCUCGGCGAGCAGGAGGACGCCGGGCUCCUGACGUGGCGGGAUCCCACGACGCGUCCGGCGCCCACGCGUGCAGAGGAGGCGGAGGGGGAGGGUGUGGCGGCGGUGGCGACUGAGGCGGAGGGGCUGCGGCUGCACCUCUCGAGCAGCGGCAGCACCGGCUACAAAGGCGUGUCCCGGAGACCCACCGGCCGCUUUGAGGCGCAUCGCUCUGAUGAGGGGAAGAAAAUCCACCUCGGCUCCUUCGACACGGCGGUGGAAGGAGCGGUGGCGUACGCGCGGGCGGUCGGCGAGGCGCCGGUGGCGGCGGAGGCGGCGGCGGAGGCGGCGGUGGAGGCGGCGGCGGAGGUGGCGGCGGAGGCGGCGGCGGAGGCGGCGGCGGCAGCGGCGGUGGUGCCGGCGCCGGUGCUCCACGAGGCGGUGGAGGAGGCGGAGGGCUUGCACUUGCACCUCUCGAACUGCAGGAGCACCGGCUACAAAGGCGUGUACGAGCUAGCCUUUGGCCGCUUCGCGGCGAGGCGCCGUGUGGACGGAAAGAACGUCACCCUCGGCAUUUUCGGCACGGCGGUGGAGGCGGCGGUGGCCUUUGCACGUGCGGUCGGGGAGCACAAUCCUCCGGCGGUGGCGGCAGAGGCGGAGGGGCUGCGGCUGCACCUCUCGAGCAGCAGCAGCAGCGGCUACAAGGGCGUGUGCCGGAAAUCCUCUGGCCGGUUCCAGGCGGCGGUGCAGCGCGUUGCGGGCGGAAGGCCGGUCGUCCUUGGCUCCUUCGACACGGCGGUGGAGGCGGCGGUGGCGUACGCGCGGGCGGCCGGGGAGGCGCCGACGCCCCUUUGCGGUGCGAACCGCCCAGAUAUGCAGAUCGACGUCGACGUCGUGGACGGCUUCGAGUUUCGCUCGCAGGCGACCCGCGAAACGGGUUGCGAGCCCGAGCCGUCGCAUCGGGUUGCGCGGGCGAAGGCUCUUUCGCCCAGCCGGGCGUCUCCCGAGGCGGCGUCGGAGUUUGCGGCGGACACGGACGCGGCGGCGGACGCGGCGUUCGCCAGUCGCACCGCCAGAGGCGUGAUUGUGUACGAGCGCGGCUCAGGCUGGCGGACCUACGAUGGCGGCUCUCCGCAAGGCUCGGGUCCUCUGGAAGAUGCGGAGGGGUCGGAGGAGGCGAUGCGGGGCUCGGCGGGCGAGGCAGAGGCCGCGGUGGAGCAAGCGGCAUCCGUGCAGUGCGGUGAAAGCGAUGACACACACGUCGCGAGCCAUCUGCAGGGCCUGCCGGCGGGCGAGGGCGAGGCAACGGUGGAGGCGGAGGAGGAGGCUCCGGUGGCGGAGGCGAAGGGGCGCGGCGAGGGCGCGUCACAGGACGGCGACGAGUCGGAGGUGGAGGUGGAGUCGACCGUUGGGAAAGCGCCGCCAGCAGGCUCGGAGGCCAACCCUUCGCCUCUUUGCGCGCGCGUCGUCGGCCAGGUCACCACGCUGACGUACGGGCGGGCGGUGGGGCAGGCGGAGCCGGAGGCGGGCGAGGAGGAGGAGGAGGAGGAGGGCGAUGAGGAGGAGGGGGAGGACGGCGGUGAGGAGGAGGAGGAGGAGGAGGAUGAGGGUGGCGCCCCAAUCUACCAGGUCGACAAGAUCGUCGAGGAGCGCGUCGAGGGCGGCGGCCUUGAGUACCGCAGUGGAGGCAUGUCCAGCACACGCGGCGGCCGCGAGUACCGCAUCAAGUGGCGCGGGUGGGGCAGCAGGUGGAACACGUGGGAGCCAGAGCGCCACAUCAUCGACCAGGUCAUCCUCACGGAGUGGGAGGAGACCAAGGCGCGCCGCGCGGCGUCGGCCGCCCGCAAAGCCGCCGCAGCGACGGUUGCGGCGCAGCCUCUGCCGCCGAGCGAGGAGGCAGGGGAGGAGGCGGCGGAGGGUGCGGCAGAAGGAGAGGCGACGGCGGCAGCGGCGUUGGCGGGCAAGGCGGCCAGGGCGGCGGCGGAGGAGAGCGAAACGGCGACGACGGCCUCCGCGCCGACCGCCUUGGCGCGCAGCACUGGCCGCGCCCGCACCGCCGUGCAGCGGCUCGGUGUCGGCGACGGCUUCCUUCUCGGCAGAGCGAGCGACUGGACGGGCGGCGGUCGCUCGCAGCCAGAGGCGACCCUGUCCGCGUCCGCAGCGCCGGCUGCUGCGCCGCGGCAGCAGGCCGUGGCUUCCGCGGCGCAGCGGGCGCGAGCGCAGCAGCUGCGGAGCCGCCCGGCGGUCGACGAAGCGUCGGCAUGCGGCGCGGCGGCGGAGGCGGCGGAGGCGGCGGAGGCGGCGAAAGUGGCGGGGGCGGCGGAGGCGGCGGAGGCGGCGGAGGCGGCGGACGCGGCGGAGGCGGCGGAGGCGGCGGAGGCGGCGGAGGUGGCGGAGGCGGCGAAGGCGGCGAAGGUGGCGGAGGCGGCGAAGGCGGCGAAGGUGGCGGAGGCGGCGAAGGUGGCGGAGGCGGCGGAGGCGGCGGAGUGGACGGGCGGAGCCGAGGCGGCGGAGUGGACGGGCGGAGCCGAGGCGGCGGAGGUGGAGGCGGAGGAGGCGCAGGAGGCUCCGGUGGCAGCGGAGGAGGGGUUGCGCGACCCCAACGACGGCGCGGGCGAGGCGGUCUUGGUGCGCAGCACUGGCCGCGCCCGCACCGCCGUGCAGCGGCUCGGAGUCGGCGACGGCUUCCUUCUCGGCAGAGCGAGCGACUGGACGGGCGGCGGUCGCUCGCAGCCAGAGGCGACCCUGUCCGCGUCCGCAGCGCCGGCUGCUGCGCCGCGGCAGCAGGCCGUGGCUUCCGCGGCGCAGCGGGCGCGAGCGCAGCAGCUGCGGAGCCGCCCGGCGGUCGACGAAGCGUCGGCAUGCGGCGCGGCGGCGGAGGCAGCGGAGGCGGCGGAGGCGGCGGAGGCAGCGGAGGCGGCGGAGGCGGCGGAGGCGGCGGAGGCGGCGGAGGCGGCGAAGGCGGCGAAGGUGGCGGAGGCGGCGGAGGCGGCGGAGGCGGCGGACGCGGCGGACGCGGCGGACGCGGCGAAGGUGGCGGAGGCGGCGGAGGCGGCGGAGGCGGCGGAGGCGGCGGAGGCAUCGGAGGCGUCGGAGUCGACGGGCGGAGCCGAGGAGGCGGAGGAGGCGCAGGAGGCUCCGGUGGCAGCGGAGGAGGGGUUGAGCGAUCCCAACGACGGCGUGGGCGAGGCGGUCUUGGUGCGCAGCACUGGCCGCGCCCGCACCGCCGUGCAGCGGCUCGGUGUUGGCGACGGCUUCCUUCUCGGCAGAGCGAGCGAAUGGACGGGCGGCGGUCGCUCGCAGCCAGAGGCGACCCUGUCCGCGUCCGCAGCGCCGGCUGCUGCGCCGCGGAAGCAGGCCGUGGCUUCCGCGGCGCAGCGGGCGCGAGCGCAGCAGCUGCGGAGCCGCCCGGCGGUCGACGAAGCGUCGGCAUGCGGCGCGGCGGCGGAGGCGGCGGAGGCGGCGAAGGCGGCGAAAGUGGCGGGGGCGGCGGAGGCGGCGGAGGCGGCGGAGGCGGCGGAGGCGGCGGAGGCGGCGGAGGCGGCGGAGGCGGCGGAGGCAGCGGAGGCGGCGGAGGCGGCGGAGGCGGUGGAGGCGGCGCAGGCGGCGGAGGCGUCGGAGUGGACGGGCGGAGCCGAGGUGGAGGCGGUGGAGGCGGAGGAGGAGCAGGAGGCUCCGGUGGCAGCGGAGGAGGGGUUGAGCGAGGCGGUGGCAACGGCGCCGCCCGAGAGGAAAGGCGCUGGCGCCUCGCCGCCGCCGCUUCCUCCUGGCUGGAGCUCGGUGCUGAAGAUGCCGGCCAAGGGCAGCAAGCGACUCCCGUACAAGCGGUGCCGCCCUCGCUCUCGCACGGCUGCGUUGCAAGGGCGGGCACGGGCGGCUGACAAGGCCCCGCCGCUUGCCUUGCCUGUCAGGUACGUGUCGCUUGCAGGGCUCGUGGUGCAGUCGGCAAAGGCGGCGUGGCGAAUGUACCACGUAGAGCGGGCGGGAGAGGAGGGAAAGGCGAGGGGGGCGUCGCAGCUGCGCCGCGCCUCAGGCCGCGAGGCUGGCGACGCAGCGGGCUCCUCGAACGGCGACGAGGGUGGCGGCGAGGCCGGGGGCGCAGUCGUGUGCACCUGGCCCGGCUGCGUCCGGCCGAUGUGGCACAAAGGACUCUGCGCCUUUGCGGCCGAGGACGUCGCGCCGCGCACGCGCCGCUGCCGCGAGCCGACCCUCGCCGCGCUCUCCCCGCGAGCGGCGCCCGCGAGCCACACGGCGGAGAGCGGCGGCGGCGCGCGCGCUUGCCGGCCUGCCAAGCGUGCCCGGGUCGGCGCACCGGUCCCGCGUGGCGUCGGCGAGGGCGGCGAGGGCGGCGACGAGGAUGCGGCGAAGCAGGGCGGCGGCGGCGGCCGUAGCGCCACGGCUGCGGCUCUUCCUCCGGGCUGGAGCGUCGAGCAGCGCACGACCUCGUCGGAGCGCACUUACCUCGUGUACCGCGGGCCGGCGGGGCGGCGAGCCGUGUCGGUGCCCGACGCGUGGCGCAAGCACGGCGAGGCGGCGCCAGAGUCGGCUCUGGACGCGUCAGCGUCGUGCGAGGGCUCGGACGCUGGCCCCUCCCUGGCGGCGGCGGUGGGUUCCCGCGGCGUGCCCGACGGCGACCAAGCACAAGGCGAGGAGCAGGAGGAGGAGGAGGAGGAGGAGGAGGAGGAGGAGGAGGAGGAGGGGGAGGGGGAGGCUCCGGUUCCGGUGGCGGAGGCGGAGGGGCUGAAGCUGCACUUGUCCAACCGCAGCAGCACCGGCUACAAGGGGGUGCGCGAGAUGGAGUCCGGUCGCUUCUACGCCGCGCGCAAGGACGGCGGACAGGACAGGUACCUCGGAUCCUUCGACUCGGCGGUGGAGGCGGCGGUGGCCUACGCGCGGGCGGUGGGGCAGGCGGAGCCGGAGGAAGCCGCCGCAGCGACGGUUGCGGCGCAGCUUCUGCCGCCGAGCGAGGAGGCAGGGGAGGAUGCGGCGGAGGGUGCGGCAGAAGGAGAGGCGACGGCGGCAGCGGCGUUGGCGGGCAAGGCGGCCAGGGCGGCGGCGGAGGAGAGCGAAACGGCGACGACGGCCUCCGCGCCGACCGCCUUGGCGCGCAGCACUGGCCGCGCCCGCACCGCCGUGCAGCGGCUCGGUGUUGGCGACGGCUUCCUUCUCGGCAGAGCGAGCGACUGGACGGGCGGCGGUCGCUCGCAGCCAGAGGCGACCCUGUCCGCGUCCGCAGCGCCGGCUGCUGCGCCGCGGAAGCAGACCGUGGCUUCCGCGGCGCAGCGGGCGCGAGCGCAGCAGCUACGGAGCCGCCCGGCGGUCGACGAAGCGUCGGCAUGCGGCGCGGCGGCGGAGGCGGCGGAGGCGGCGAAGGCGGCGAAAGUGGCGGGGGCGGCGGAGGCGGCGAAGGCGGCGGAGGCGGCGGAGGCGGCGGACGCGGCGGAGGCGUCGGAGUCGACGGGCGGAGCCGAGGCGGCGGAGGAGGAGCAGGAGGCUCCGGUGGCAGCGGAGGAGGGGUUGCGCGACCCCAACGACGGCGCGGGCGAGGCGGUCUUGGCGCGCAGCACUGGCCGCGCCCGCACCGCCGUGCAGCGGCUCGGUGUUGGCGACGGCUUCCUUCUCGGCAGAGCGAGCGACUGGACGGGCGGCGGUCGCUCGCAGCCAGAGGCGACCCUGUCCGCGUCCGCAGCGCCGGCUGCUGCGCCGCGGAAGCAGGCCGUGGCUUCCGCGGCGCAGCGGGCGCGAGCGCAGCAGCUACGGAGCCGCCCGGCGGUCGACGAAGCGUCGGCAUGCGGCGCGGCGGCGGAGGCGGCGGAGGCGGCGGACGCGGCGGAGGCGUCGGAGUCGACGGGCGGAGCCGAGGCGGCGGAGGAGGAGCAGGAGGCUCCGGUGGCAGCGGAGGAGGGGUUGCGCGACCCCAACGACGGCGCGGGCGAGGCGGUCUUGGCGCGCAGCACUGGCCGCGCCCGCACCGCCGUGCAGCGGCUCGGUGUUGGCGACGGCUUCCUUCUCGGCAGAGCGAGCAAAUGGACGGGCGGCGGUCGCUCGCAGCCAGAGGCGACCCUGUCCGCGUCCGCAGCGCCGGCUGCUGCGCCGCGGAAGCAGGCCGUGGCUUCCGCGGCGCAGCGGGCGCGAGCGCAGCAGCUGCGGAGCCGCCCGGCGGUCGACGAAGCGUCCGCAUGGGAGGAGGAGAAGGAGGAGGGCGAGGAGGGCGAGGAGGUGGAGGAGGAGGGCAGCGGUGAGGAGGAGGAGGCUCCGGUGGCGGAGUCGGAGGGCUUGCGCUUGCACCUCUCGAGCAGCAGCAGCACCGGCUACAAGGGCGUGUGCCAUGAGCACCAGCGCGGCCGCUACCGAGCUUUCCGCACUGAGGGGAGCAGAACCAUCUACAUUGGCGUCUUCCACACGGUCGUCGAGGCGGCGGUGGCCUACGCACGGGCGGUGGGGCAGGCAGAGCUUCGCACUCGGCUGCGGGCCAGUUCCAGGGCCGCUGGUGCCAGGGCUGCUGGUGCCCGAGAUGAGGAGGGGGAGGACGGCGGUGAGGAGGAGGAGGACGACGAGGAGGAGGAGGACGACGACGACGAGGAGGAGGAAGCUUUGCUGGCGGAGGCGGAGGGGCUGAAGCUGCACUUCUCCAGCGGCAGCAUCACCGGCUACAAGGGGGUGCGCAAGCACACCCAGCAGGCUGGCCGCUUCGAAGCGCGUCGCUACGAGGGGAGCAGGACCAUCUACAUCGGCGUCUUCGACUCGGCGGUGGAGGCGGCGGUGGCCUACGCGCGGGCGGUGGGGGAAAGGCGGACGUAG